UUACUACAAGAUACGCUCGCUAGUGAAUCAUUCAUCACUCCAGCGCAAUGCGAGCUGAAGCUCUGAGUUUCUAUUAAAUGAACACACACAUCUGACUGAACUCCCUUCAGUUUCUGUGCACUGGGAUCUGUUCAGGAUGACACCUCUCCUCUGCAACGCCUGCCUCAUCUUGCCUGUUGCUUUACAUCUGCUGCUUGUCCCCAGCCCAUGUUCUGCUGCAGCCACAAAAAAGUGCAGCUCCAUCUAUAAAGGGUUUGCCCAGUGUCUGCUUGCCCUUGGAGACAGUCUGUCUGUCAGCUCCCAAAAAGACGAGGAUACGCAGGAGAUCGACUCUAUUUGCAAAUCCUGGGAUGAUUUUCAUGACUGUGCAAAUGUGGCCAUGGCCGGCUGCCCUGAGGAAGCUGCUGUGGUGUGGGAGUCUCUGAGACAAGAGUCCAAAAAGAUGCAGUUUUCUGGGAACCUGUAUGAGAUGUGCUCUAGUCGUAGCCAAUCGGCAGCUGCCUCCGAUUCCCAAAGCCCAGAUGAAACCAAUCAGGAGUCGUUAAAGGGACGAGCUAGUCAUACAAGCCUGACCUUUCUGACCUUCUGUUUGCCUGUGCUACUACUGUUUCCAUGGAUAUAAUCGCAUCUCAAGACUCAAAUAUUCAGCACAUAGACAACAAUACUGACUGGUUUGGUUUUGACAUUUCCGUGUAGUAGAAUAAGAUUUAUUUUAGGCUUCAAAUCAAACUUUUCAGAACAAAAAGAAUGUCAUUUCCACACAAAGGACAUUUGUUUUCAGGUCCAAAUCGUUUACUUUUAUUAUUUAUUCAUUGUUUAUUUAAAAUCUUAAAAUAGCUAACUUCAUUUUAAGCACAAUCAAGGCACAAAUUUCAUUCAUAGGAGGACCAAAAUGCACUCCAGGCCUGAUGUGGAUGAAACAAAGAUGGCGAAAGACAUUUCCAAACAUUCAUCUAUGAGGAAAUUAAAUGAAGGUCUACUGCAAUACAUUAUCACCAUGGUGAGCUAUGAGUAUCAAAGCAAUGUAAAGAGCCCUCAAAAAUGUUAUUAUUUCACUCUGUAGUGUAAUCUUCUUUUGUAGGAUCCUGAGAGGAUUAAGUUUAAGGAUUACACCAAAUAAAAGUAAAUUUAAGCAACACGGCUCACCUACAGGCUUUGUCAGACUUUGUAGUCUGUAGUCUGAAUGCCUUCGGGUGACAAUUUAAACUCAAUUUAUUAAUGACGGGUUCAUUGAUUCAGUUUAACAAACAGCACAGCAUUAUGCUUGAAGGUGUUUUUGUACUAGUCUGUAUGAGUACGGAACUGCUGUUUAUUCAAUGUUGGUCAGAGUACUGUGUAUAUACUGUAUAGUCUUACAUUAUACAUUCCUCAUAGCUACUUUUUUAUUUUUUCAAAUGUGUAUUUGUAAUGACACAAGAUGGAUUAGCUUCAAAAAAUCACGAUGGUACAGUAAUGUAAAUAUGACCGACAUGCUGUAAAGAAGAGCUUUAUGUGAGUAUAUUAUAUGAAAUACAUUAUCAUUUAGUGCAUAAUGAACAGAUGAGACAAAUCAAUGGAGGUGAACUCAUUAGCGGCGAUUACACUGUGUCUACACCGGAUGUGAGCUGCACGACACGACGCAACAAAAUACUAUAGAACCCAUUAUCCACCUUAUUCUUCAAUGCGGAAGUAAGCCUAUGGGCGAGACUUCCAGUUCAUUAGCCGCUAUAGAGGGUUUGCCCUUAAAUCACGAUUUGGUCAGUACCUGCAUGCGUGGCCAUAUUGGAGAUACUCAGAUUUAAACAAAAGCAUGGAUUGCUGUCUAAACCAUGAAAAAAAAAUGUGUGGAAGCUGCUAAAUCAUAUAGAGAAGGGCUUAGUAAGCAGAAAAGGGUGCAAUAUUUUGACAAACUAAAGUUAACAGGUGGUAAAGACACAUGUGAGCAGUAUUAAUUAAGAUAUUAGCCUAAUAUUUCACCUACCUGACUGGAAAUGAUAAGAACAAACAUGAAUGUUGUCAAGAUUCUUGCCCUGGAAAUCCUGGUUCAGUUUGGCCAACCACAACUUUUCGCAGUCUAUAAUGCUCCAAAUGUUUUUCCUGGUCCGACCGAUUAGUACAGCACAAAACAUGACAAUAAUCAACCAUUUUCAGCAGCAAUAAUCAGCAAAAUAUGCAAGUUUAGUUCUGUGUAGUGGCAUUGUGUACAUUUAGUGCCGCCAUGACCGUGUCGUGAAAACACUCUAGGAAAUAAAGAGAAGAAUAAAACGGCUAGUAAACGGUUUGCACUACAAAGCAGUGUGUUAAUAAUUAAGAUAACAGUCAAAUAAUAAGGUAAGAGACAUACAAAUUUGAAAUAUCAAGCAGCAAAGCUGUUGUGUACAGGAAAUAGCAGGACGCGGAUGAGACCGGAAGUCAGACCCAUACAAUUUAUAACGGUCGCUUGUCGCGUCCAGUGUAAACAAACUCGAGCUGUUGCGACGCGGCGCGACUCGACAACUGUCUCUGGUGUAGACACGGUGUAAGAUCAAAUUGUGAAUGAUUAUUACCAGAAAUACAAGCAUACAGUGUAUUCCUAUGGAUACGUGACUUUGUGUGUAAAGCGAAGGAGGUUUUUUCCCCGGAUCAGCUUUCAUUACUUCCACUCAGCGCUGUGCUCUGCUCCGCUCAGCGGAUUCCUUAGUCAAUGUGAUUUAUGUUUAAUUUUUAGGCUUAAUUGGCAAUCAAUCAUGUUUGCCAAUGCAGUGAACUUAUUAAGGAGGGCAAAAGCCAUUUAUUUAGUCAGAAUAUUUUUAAAAAACACUUAAUAGGGGAGGGUUGCCAGCCACUUGUGUCUCAAAUUUAGCUUUUGUGUGGUAGACUGACUGACUACUAACACAUGCUUUAAUUCCAAAUCCAAUUCCACUAUUGUCAUAGCCAGUGAAUGUAGUACAAUCUAAAAAAAUAUGUCUAAAUAAUAUAGUAAGGGCUAAUAUGUACAAAUUUUAAGUGUACAUCACUCCUUGCUACAUACGUAGAGCUCAUUAAUACCUCCCUUAUUUAUAAUAUGAAGACAUUUGCUUGAUAGAUGCGUUUUAUGAAUCGCAUGUAAAACUAUUGUUUUCUUUUUUCAUUUUGAUAUUAUAUAUUCUCAUUUAAAGCUGUGCCCUGAUCUCUACAAAAAAAAAAUCUUACGUUGUUAAAGGUGUCUGAAAGAAUGUUUUAAAUGCUUCUUGUUUUCUGUCUGUCCGCACAAUUAUUUGCUCUACAUAACAGUAUAUUCUAUACAUUAUAUAAAUAAAACUAUUGCUAUUACAUAAAUAAAAAGGUGCUGGUCAACUAGUUGAAAGUAUCUGGGAUUUCCCCCUGCUUUAUGCUAUAUAAACUGCU